AUGUCUGUUCUCCUUGUCGGCCUGUUUACGGUUGCUGCAGUCCUGUGGAUAUUGAAGUCUUUGUUCGCCUGGCGAUAUUCCUUUACUCGACAGGAUGGUAUACAAGAACCGGCAGAGAUUCAACGUGAUUUGUUGAGAGGAAAAGUUUUCAUCGACAUCGCAAGUGUUGUUGAGUUUUUUGGAUUGACAACCACUCUGAGGCUUCAGAGAGCAUUUGAUCGAAUCCUGUUGCCCAAACAACCAAAAGACCCAGCCAUCAUUAUAACAGACACAGCCUUUAGUGGAGUCAAAGUCCGCUUAUAUGAACCCAAGGACAAACAAAAUGGCGGAAAGCUACCGGGACUGAUCUACUACCACGGAGGGGGGUGGUGUACCCAGGAUGUUGAUAGCCUACAUCACGUGACCCUUCACCUUGCGAAGGCCCUAGGAGCAGUGGUGCUGUCAAUUGAAUAUCGACUUGCCCCAGAAUAUGUAUUUCCGGCCGGUUUGAAUGACUGUGUGACGGCAACCAAACAUUUCAUUCAGAAUGCCGAGAGGUUCUCCGUCGAUCCAGCACGAAUCGGGGUUAUGGGAGACAGUUCAGGAGGAAAUCUUGCCACGGCCGUUCUCCUAAAACUGAAUGAAGAAAGCUUCAAACAUUGUUUGAAACUCCAAGUCCUUAUCUACCCUUCCACUCAACUUUUCGACCUCCAUACCCCGUCUUUUAUAAAGCAUGGCCACAUAGAUAAAUUCAGGCUUUGGUAUAUUUCAAGGUAUUACUCGAAUUACCUCGCUGGAAACGAAUCCCUCAUUGAUGGAUUCAUGAAGAAUGAUCAAGUUUUAAAUGCAAAGGUAAACCUUGGUGAUUGGCUGCACACGUAUUUACAAAAUUUCUUUGAACAAAGUGAACUGGAUCUGUCUCAGCUUGGUCCUUUUCCAAAAAGUGUCUUGCGUGGUAUAGGGGCUUCUCCUGGAUAUGAAAAUGUCUUAAAUCCUUACGUUUCGCCUCUGAUGGCCUCAGACGAAAACCUAAAGAAACUUCCAAAGACGUUCUUGAUGAUUUGUGAGUUUGAUCUGGUAAGAGACGAGGGGAUUCUGUACGGGAAAAGGUUGAGUGAAGUAGGGGUAGAUGUUCAGUUGAAGUACUAUCCGUUAGGCUAUCAUGGGAUGUUGUUUCACUCUGACAUGGAAAUGGCACAUGAUGUGGAAGGCUAUGUAAAGAAAAAUCUGUGA